AUGUCCGAGAGGCAGUCGAACGACGUGGACGCGGGUGCAUGGAUCGGUGACGCGUAUCACGCCUCGCCGCCACCCGGUGGACCCGGUAGCCCGGCAGCCGCGCCGGAAACACCGCCACCGUUGCCCAGCCAGAGGGAAUUGUCGCAUCCGUCCUCGGCAGUGGCCGCGGCCAGUUAUUUCAGCGCUGCCGCCCUGGCAGCGGCCGGUUUUUACAAUCCGGCGGCCCAUUUGCCGGCAACCAGCUCGCCUGGACCGACGGCGCAUCAUCUGCAAGGAAAAGGGAUCCUCAGUAGCGCGCACCAUCAUCCGCAUCUGAACCCGCACGGCAUCACGCCACCAGGUUUAGGCCUCGGCCCUCACACGCCCGAAGAAGCAGCCGUCCUGGCGGCCGCAGCGGCAGCGUUACACCACCAUCAUCAAGGUGGUCCUGGUGGGCCCGCGAUGAGGCCACUUAGGCCUCCGUUACCCCCGGGGAUGCUACACACGUCACCGCAUCCCCUGGCACCUCAUCAUCCUCUCGCGGGCCCACAUCAUCCCCUCGUGCCUCCUCAUCAUCCCGAGGAGGACGGCGUCGUGGACGAUCCUAAAGUGACCCUCGAGGGCAAGGAACUCUGGGAAAAAUUUCAUAAGCUGGGCACGGAAAUGGUGAUCACUAAAAGUGGCCGGCAGAUGUUCCCUCAGAUGAAGUUCCGAGUUUCCGGUUUAGACGCAAAGGCCAAGUACAUCCUCUUGUUGGACAUCGUUGCCGCGGACGACUACAGAUACAAGUUCCACAAUAGCAGGUGGAUGGUAGCGGGGAAGGCCGACCCGGAAAUGCCGAAGAGGAUGUACAUCCAUCCGGAUUCACCUAGUAGCGGUGAGCAAUGGAUGCAGAAGGUCGUGAGCUUCCACAAGCUCAAGCUGACUAACAACAUCAGCGACAAGCACGGCUUUGUAAGUACUACGAUAUUGAACUCGAUGCACAAGUACCAACCGAGGUUUCAUCUGGUGCGGGCCAACGACAUCCUGAAGCUUCCCUACUCGACGUUCAGGAGUUACGUUUUCAAGGAGACGGAAUUCAUCGCGGUGACCGCCUAUCAGAACGAGAAGAUCACGCAGUUGAAAAUCGACAACAACCCCUUCGCGAAAGGAUUCCGGGACACGGGCGCGGGGAAGCGCGAGAAAAAAAGGCAGGCGCUGUUGACAGUGUCAGGAGGCGGUUCCCGUCUGACAACAGGUGGGCCAGCGUCCCCCGAAAAGCGACGCUCUUCGAACUCCGUCAACGACCUGCUGGACGACGAGGACAAGCUUCUGGACGUCGUGGGCCCUGACACGCCUCAUCCGGCGCACCAUCAGCGCGAGCGCGAGCACUCUCGCGAGAGGGAAGACAGGAUCAGCGAGAGAGGCGAAGGUAGCGAGUCGUCGGGCUCCGAGAGCGGCGGUGGAGCGGGUCCCUAUCCGCCGGUACCGGGCCUCUACCCUGGUCCAGGACCCCUGAUACCGCCAAGUCCCCUGGGAAUCCACGGCGGUGUGACGCCGGGCAUGCUGUUCAACGCGCAACUGGCUCUGGCCGCGUCCCAGCAUCCGGCCCUGUUCGCCCACUAUCCUCAUCCGUUGGCCAGUCCGUUGCACCAGCUGAAGGGACAUCGGUUCGCGCCUUACACCCUUCCGGCACCCUCCCACGGUUCCGCUUUCGAGACCGUCACGCCCGGCAGCAGGACCCUCAGUCCUAGGUCUCCGCCGCCAAGGCCACCCACCGGUUCCCCGACUCCAACGGCGGGCCUAACCUCCAGCAGCAGCUCGGCCGGCGAACUAAAGUCUAUCGAGAACAUGGUGAACGGUCUGCAAGAGAAGAGGAGGCGCAGUCCCAGUCUGACACCCGGUCACAGAGCCGACGCGGACGCUGGCGGAGGGAGUCCGUGACAGGAGAACGAACCUGUCACUAGCACGAACGACGACCCCGAAGACGAGCAGCUGGCUGAACCCUGUGACCUUGAACAGCUCUCCGGCGACGAGAGGGAGCCGGACUCAACCUCCGAGCCGUCGUAGCAGGGGAGAGGGUCGUCGGUCCAACCCUCUGGGACCCUGUGUGCCCCGUUCCGGGAUGCUCGGUACCGCUCCGGGCUCAUCCGCGUCCCUCCGGGAAACAGCCGAUCACCUGGACGAGACACGUUCGAGACUAUGAAGUGCAAUUUUACCCUGACGAUCGGGGAUUCGUUCUCCGUUGCUUUCCGGUUCGUGGCGCUACGCCUGACUCCCUGUGAGUGUACAUAAUUUGGCCGAAGGUGGAUCGCGUUGGACUACGAGAGAUGCCGGUGUACAUUGUUAUUCGGGGCACGAACGGGUGGGACGCGGCUGGCUGGAACGGACACGGAACGCGCAACAAACGUUUCGAGUCGUUUGGAGUAUCGUGGAUUUCCACGCGAGUCUCGACAGCUUCGAAAUUCGAACGUAUCUCGCGAGACUUUAACUUCGAGCGCUCCAAGUGCGUCGAAUCGUUUCGAACGGCGUCUAACGGGGAUGAAAAUAGCGCGACCGCGUUCCCACCCGCGUGCGUUUUAGAUCUAAGAGAGAGGGAGAUAUUGCAAUACGAAAGCACUUCCUACCAUUUGCAGCCCCUGUACAUAUGUACCCUAGUGAUAUUAUAUUAUAUUAUAUAUAUAUAUGUAUAUAUAAAUAUAUAAACAUACAUAUAUAUAAAUAUACAUAUAUAUAUAAAAAUACUUACUCUCUGUAUUAAUUAUUGAAUAUAAUAUUAUAUUAAUUAUUAGAGAGACGUAAAGGAUGCAUAAACGCACGCUGUACCCGAUCGCGCCUCGACGUUCUCGAAAAUACCGAGCAAGGCGCAAACGUAAAAAAAAGAUCGAGUAGGUGCAACCAAGGAAAAGAAGCCAAAUCCGAUUCGGUCUCACGAUCCGCCUUUCGGUCUCGAGUUCGCGUCGAACGUGUGUUUUGUAGAUGAGAAAAACCGGAAAUCGAGCGUCGUUUGCUGGCUGUGUAGAGGACACCACCGUCGCUAGCGUCUUUUCCCCAGCUUCUCGGACCGAAUCGGAACCAUUAUCUCGAACGAUCUCUCUCUCGGGAACGUUGAUCCACCCUUUCUCCGCGUUGUUGCUUCGAAGAAAGGACACCGCUCGCCCUUCUCCCGCGUUCCUUCGUCUCCUCUUUGUAUAAACGUUAGCGAUCGACGUAGAUAUAUUGCGAAUAAACGCUGUCAAUCGUCGAAUUGUCGGCGAGAAAAAAAAAACGUAGAAGCGAACUGAUUCGAGCCUCUGUCGUUUCCCUGAGCGAAGAGGGAUGAUCGUCCCUGCGUUUCCGGUUUCACCACCUCACAAUCUCGCGUGUUCCCGUAACGAGCUCUUUCGUCGAUGAAUAUUUCGCGUUCUAAUGGAAAACAAGUAUCGUACUGGACGGAAUAAUUGAUCGAAUCGGUAGAAGGGUAGUACCGUUUACGGAUGUCUUGCUGGGGAUCGGAGUGCAAUUUCCGUUUGCGGAGUUUCUUUUCGUUAAUUCUUCGUUCGAAUUUCUGCCCACUUUUAGAAGCUAUGCAAGAUUUACGCACGCGCAAAUUUAUCAAGACCCCUGCAAAAUUGUCUCCUUUUUCUCGAGUCGAAAAAAAACGCAACGGUUCGAUCACGCGAUAAACUUUGCUCGUUGAAAUGGCCUUCGUUGCAUUCGACGUCGAGGUAAUAAAUGUCUUCCAGGUAAAAUUCUGUCGGCUUCGAUUAAAAAUAUACGCUCUGAAAGAUGCACUGUCCGUAUAUUUUACACGGAGGGCGUCUAUGACCAAGUUACGCGAUAGAAAAAUUUUAUGAAAUUCGAUAGAGUUCCAUUUCGACGAGUUAUCGCGUUAUUAAACCGUUGCGUUUUUAAUAUCAUUUUCUAUGUAAUUUAUAGUU